AUGGAUAUCCUCCGCCGGAAAAGAAGCAAUGGCACGCAGCAGGCCAGUAUGCCGCCACCCUCUGCUCCCUCGCUCACUUUUACGCCCAUCUCACCCGUGUCACCCGUUUCUCUUGAUGGCGUUUCUUCAAGCACAAGCAGCGGAUCCAAAGGAGGCUCAUCUACUGCGGCCAUCAGCAAGUCCAGGUCACAUAAUGACAUGGCUGGGUUAACCACCAACUCGCGUACGAGCUCCAUUGACAGCAACAAGAGCGGCUUCUUCCAUGGCUAUAUGCCACGAGCUAUGCGGACGCUGAGCCGUGGUUCGAAUGCGUCGAUACGUCAGUCGGCCGCGUCCUCUACCACCUCCAUGAACACGGCAGCCACCUCGCCUGACGUGACGCCGUCGUCUUCUUCACCGCAGCAGCAGUUCAUUUCACAAUUCCCCCGCAAAGUCCUUCGCAAGUCACACAAGCGCAAGUCGUCCAGCCAUGAGCUCAACAGUCGCCGAGGCUCGACUAGUUCUGAUGUCUUUAGCCGCGUGUCCCGGGCCUCGACCACCCUGAGCGGCAGCUCUUCCAGCAACAUCAUUGACUGGCGCAUUCAGCCCAUCGAGAUGCACACCUCGCUCGACUACCCGGAGUCCCUGUCUUCUAAGAACCGGCUAAGCUACCUCGUGGCCACAGCCGACUACAUCAUCAUCUUCAAGACGCGAGCUGAUGCCUUUGCUGCCCUCCCACAACUGGCCGACGUUGCUGCCCAGAGCCCGGAGAGCGCUACGACGUCCAAACCUUCGUCCAUGCUGCCACCCGCCGACCCGGUCCAUGUUAUUCCACUACACGCCAUCAUCUCCGUCUUUCGCACCGACACAAUGCGUGCCCCGUAUGGCAUUGAGAUUUGGUGGCGCAUGCCAUAUCCUGCUAUUGCUACUUGCAGCUCGACCAUCUACUUUAAGGACGGCCGUGACCGGGAGAAUUAUCUCGAUAUGCUUGCCUCCAUGGUCAAGAUCCGCAACCAGGACCAGCCUGACGCAUCGCGUGUCUACUAUGAAGUGGAAGAGUGCAUCCGCAAGGUCUUCCAAGCAGAAGAGCCAGGCUUCACCAACACCAUCCCCGAGAUCUUCCCUGUUGUCUACCGGAAUGCGCCCGAUCGUAUCAAAUCCAAGGCAGACGACAAGCAACUCAGAAAGGGUCAGAUUGAAGGUGUCUCGUCUCACUACUUGGUUGUUGGUGUGAACCUGUGUUUCUUUAUACAGAUUAGUCGCGCCUCUGCUGUGCAAUCGACUGCCCUCGAGAUGAAGUACCAAACCUGUGGCCUUGUCACACUGGAGUCGUUUGCAGCUGACUGGACGUCUCGAGAUGAGCGGUUUGCUAUGCGCUUUCGGGAUCCUUUCAAGAGCCCUGUUGGCCUUGAGCUGUCAAGUCGUCACUACCGCCGCAUCAUCCUGACACUCACCAAAGCCGAUAAGUUCCUGAAGCCCGCCUGGCCGACUCAGUGGCAGAUCCAAGAGGUGUUCCACGUUGCCGGCCUCCCAACGCCUCAGCACAUUGUCGCGGGCGAGGAUUUCGGUGGUUUCCAAAGGACACUCUCUGCUUUCUAUGCUGCAUACCGGUGCAACCCUGUGGACUGGGAGAUUAACUGGCGCACUCCCUUUGCACCCGAGUUCCGUGUACUUCCUUCAGUAAAGGGAGUGUACACUGAUCUGCAGCUGCUUGCUGUCUUGCGCGCCCUGCGGUACAAUGACUACUUCAAAUCCCUCUCUUUUUGUGACGUCGACCUAUCUGGUCUCCUUGGCAAGUUUGACAGCUCCAGGAAGGGAAACGUCGCUUACUUGAGUCGCAAUGCUAGUGAUCAGCCUGAAGGCAUUAUUGCUCCAGGACAGGAGGCUGUCAGCCUGGAAGCCCUUGAUGUGGCCAGCUGUGGUUUGGCUGACCUGCACAUGAAAAUGCUGUUCCAGGCGCUUUCACAGUCAGCUUGGACACUUCAAAUGCUGGAUGUGUCACAGAAUUUUGGCCGUGCGCCGGCGGCUCUGAUCCAGCAAUUUAUGGAAUCGGUUGGUAGCCUGAGACAACUCAACCUCGCGAGCGGCAUCACGGGCACUUUUGAGGGUGAGCUUCUUCCGCUUGAGGUCCUCGACCGGCUUGAGUACCUCGAAGUGCUGGACAUCUCGAACUUCAAGCUCAACGAGAGCUCCGUCAACGCCCUGGAGACGUUCUUACAAACGCUAUCAGCACGCCAAGCAUCUAUGCAGAACGGCGGUUACGGCUAUUCUCUCCGACGCCUUGUCCUGAACAACUGCGGCAUCACGGGGCAUCUAGCUGGCCGCAUCUUCAAUGCCAUGGCUGGCCUGUACGACAUCCACCUCCACCUCAGCAGCAAUCCUCUCGAGGAUGGUAUCGCGGACUUUGUCUCAGCACUGGGACACAACUGGGGCGGCCGCUUCGGUCUGCAUCUCAACAUGAUCGAGUUCCAAAACGAGGCAAAGUACAUUCAGCUUAUGGGCGCCCUGGCUUCGAACCCGUUCAUCGAUUACCUGAGCUUGGUCGGUACCGCCCCGGUUCCGGUCACCGAUGACGCCUGCAGCGACAACACGAUCGAAGCAUUAGAACGUUUCUUUGAGGAGAACCAGUCUGUGCGAUACCUUGACAUUUCUGGCUACUGUGGCAAGCUGGACGAUGGACAGUUGGGCAAAGGUUUCGGCCGUGCCCUCCGAGGCCUCGCGAACAACAAGACGCUGACGCACCUUCGCGUUCGCAACCAGAGACUGCACGACAGCACGGGCACGUUCGGCACAGCCGUGCAGGCUAACAAGGCCCUGCUAUACCUUGACUGCGGUGACAACGGGUUCAAUGCCACCAGCCUGCUCUACAUGGCCAAGAGCCUCGAGACCAACACCACCCUUCUUGUGUACCCGUUCUCGUCUGAGGAUCUCGAGGAUGUGCUGAAGCAUUGCGUCAAAGGCAUUCCUCCUCCGCCAUCUCCGACACAGCCGUCCAACUCAAAGCACAAGAAGAAGCUGUCUGGCCCCACAGUCGACCCCGGCCUGGAGCGCCAAAAGGAACUUUUGCGAGGCGAGAUCGAGGCAGCGGCCUCAGAGAUCAUGUCGUACAUGUCGCGCAACAUGACCAAGCUGCAGCAGGACACGGGCUGCGUCCUCGACUUGGGCGAGGCGUACGACACGUGCGGAGAGCGGGGCUGGCCAAGCCUCCAGCUGCGCAUGCCCGAGGGUGUCAUGUUCACGACGACGCCUAUGGAAGAGGAGGAGGAGCAGGAUAUGCAGGACCAGUCAGACGGCCAGUCUAUGGACCAGUUGUCCACCGGUCCGCAAUCUUCGUCACAUAGCGGCGCGUCAGGCACUCCCGCACGCCAGCAACCCAUCAACUCAUCCAUGGUGGCGCCGCAGAUCACAGAGGACAUGCCGUAUCGGGUGCAGCCUGACGAUGAAGCCCUCAAUAGUCCCAUCGAUGGCUCGGGUCUCAGCUGGGACCUACCCAAGACGCCCAAGGUUGCAUCGGAAACGACCAUUGAUACCACGCUUGAUAGUUCAUUCCUGGAGAAGGCCUUUCUCGCCGAGCCGGAUCUGUCCAAAAUUCUGGAAAAGUUUACAAUGGCGGAUGGCACUGAGUAUGUCAUCUGCACAGAGUCGUAA